CUAACCUACAACCUCUCUACAUUAUACCAUCUAGAAAACCGAAUACUUCAACCUUCGCCAUGGAUAAGGCCACGAAAUCCAAGGCCGCGAAGUCCAUCAACGCCGGUCUAGAAAUCCCUUAUGCAGACGCGCAGUUCUUCCUCGCCUGUCUGCAGUGCAUGGGGGACGACAAGCAGAUCGAUCUUACCAAGGUUGGAGACAUGAUGGGUUACAGCAAUGUUGCUUCAGUCGGCAACCGUUUCCGUGCCAUUCGCAAGCGCCCCAAUUUGAACAGUAUUGAGGCCAAGUCCGGCUCUGGCGUACUCAAGAGUGCAGGUGCCAAUGGCGAUAAAGAUAAAGGCGCUGCAGGUGCUACCGAGGCUGGUGAUGGCGUCGCAGAGCAGUCUGGCUCCGACGUGCCUACUCCCGUCAAGCCCAAGGGCAGGAAAGUCGCCGCGCGUAAGGGAGCGAAGGCUACUACUUCGAAGCCCAUUCCUGCCACUGGUACGCUUAAGUCGGGGACUAAGGGCCGCAAGUGCGGGGCUAAGUCGGCUGUUGUUGUGAAGGAGGAAGACGAAGACGAUGAAGACAAUCUCGUGGAAGACAAUACCCCGGAUGGUGGCAUGGAGUGUGCUACGGCGUGAACUUCUACGCGCGAUUUUGCUGAGCGCUUAAUUGGAUUUCAAACAACUGAGUCCAUAUAGUAUGCUCAUUUCAUUGUCUUCAUUUGGUCUACAUAGUCGUGGAAGGUCCAUUUAGCGCGAAGAAUUUUAAGGAGGCCUAUCUGGAAGGGGUGGAGAUUGACGCAACGCAUUUUGUAUUUCCUUAUUACAUUGCAGGGCUUGCGUUGUUACCGGGGUUGGGAAGUUUACUCUACAAUCUCUACUUAACAGAUUCUCAACAGCUGGGUUGGUUGGGAGGGUUCUGUAGCCUUAGAGCACUAAUACCUGUUAAAUGGGAGAAUUGACCUACUGCCUAGCCACUCCGUCAUAGUAUUUGUUGAGAAGUGCAAGAGCGUAGUAUCCUAUCA